AUGUCUGACGAAUUCGAGACCACUAACGCCGGUUCUUCUCAUACCCGCCCCAUCCAGGCCGGUAACGUGAAGAAGGGGGGCUUCGCUAUGCUCAAGGGCCGCCCCUGCCGCGUUGUUGAAGUUUCUACUUCUAAGACUGGCAAGCACGGCCACGCUAAGGCAUCCAUUGUGGGCAUCGAUAUCUUCACCGCGAAGAAACUAGAUGAGAACUGUCCCACCUCUCAUAACAUGCUCGAGCCUAUUGUGACUCGCACGCAAUAUGCCAUUAUUCAUUGGGAAGACUCCGGGUUCCUGCAUCUGCUCGAUGCCUCCGGAAACCUCCGCAUGGACCUUUCGUGGCCGUUGGGACGUGACGACAAGAUCCUGGAGGAAUGGAAGAAGCAGCUUGAGGCCGGACAGACCCCCAACUGUACUGUUAUCAGUGCUUGUGGGGAAGAGAAGGUCCUUGGCCCCAACGAGAAAUAA